AGAAAAUGACAGAAACCCUUACUGGAGUGUACAAAGCCCUGCAUGAUCUAGCCCUACCAACCCCUCCAGCCUCAUUGCUCCCCACUUCACUACUUCCACCCUCCAGACAAAGGCUCUGUUUAUGUUCCUCAUACAUGCCACAUACUCCGGCCUCAGGGCCUUUGCACAUCCAUCAUAAACCCUCUACAAGAACCCCUCUCUAACUCUCUACAAAUACCCUCCCCCAUCUGAUUAACAUCCACUGGCUAUCAGCUCAAAAUGCCACUGCUUCUUAGGGAAAGCCUCCCUGCUUUCCACAGCUGAGUCAGGACUCCCUGACAGAGGUCCAACUAGGACGCUGGGCUCUUCUUUCAUAGCAUAGCUGACACGGUUAUAAUUAUGUAUUGAUUUAUAUAAAUAUUUGUUUCAUGUCUGCCUCUCCCACCAGGUGUUUUGGGGAUAGUAGUUCGCCUUAUCCUUCUUAGUGUACACAGCACUUACACAGAGCUGAGCAAACAGCAGACAUUCAAUUGGUGUUUGUAGGAGGGAGGCAGAGAGGCUGGCAGCCCUUUGAGGUCUGUGGUCCUGCCAGCCUCUCCUGGGAUAGGGAUUCUCCUGACCACAGGAGGGUCAGUGGCCAUUUGUAGUUCACCCAGUUCCUAGCUCUGCUUUGUUUUUCCCUCGCACAGCCCUUGCUUUCCUUCCUGGGCUGAGGCUUUCUCACCCCUUUGCAGAGAGUAAGUGAGGCCCAGAGAGAAGUGGCUUCUCCAAGCCCCUCUGCAGUGAGAGGUACUUCCAGGCCUGCCUCUGUGUCUCCCAGCCACCACAUCCAGGCUCUUUCAGGAACCCAAGACACCUUCCAACCUGCCCUGUGCCCUGAGAAGAUCCUGGAGGGUCCACAAAACUGGCGUGAUUCUGAGCGACCAACAGAUGCAUGGAAAGACGGCUUCUCUGAAGAGCCCUGUGUCCUGCUCAGAGAAACUAGCCAGGGUUCAGGCACCCUUGGACUCCAGCCUUGGUAGGGUCAGUCUGCACUGGCCAGAGGGCUUGAAGGGUGAAGAGAUAAAGAAGUGUGGCCGAGAAGGGACACUACUGAGUAAAUACAACCAACAAUACCACAAGCUGUUUAAGGACAUCCCCUUGGAGGAGGUGGUUCUCAAAGUGUGUUCCUGCGCCCUCCAGAGAGAUCUUCUUCUCCAGGGCCGGCUCUACAUCUCCCCCAACUGGCUCUGCUUCCAUGCCAGCCUCUUUGGCAAGGAUAUAAAGGUGGUCAUUCCCGUGGUGUCUGUCCAAAUGAUCAAAAAACACAAGAUGGCGCGGCUUCUUCCUAAUGGCCUGGCUAUCACCACCAACACCAGCCAGAAGUACGUCUUUGUGUCACUGCUUUCCCGGGACAGUGUAUAUGACAUGCUGAGAAGGGUCUGCACACACCUCCAGCCUUCCAGCAAGAAGAGCCUGAGUGUAAGAGAAUUUCCAGAGGAACCUGAGUGCGAGUCCCUGGUGAGACCUGAGGAAGUCCUCAUCCCUGAGAUGAAGUGGAGAAAAGUGUGCCCUGCCUCCAGGUCCCUAUCCCUCCCAGACAACAUCCCUUGUAUCCCUCGGGCAUCCAUGGACUCCACGGACAGCUUCUUUCCCAGGAAGCCUCCUGGGUCUGAGAAUGACGUCUGUGAGGAGGAGAAGCUGGAGGAGGAGCCCAGGAGCGACCAGAAGCUGAGGCUCUGGGAUUACCAGCUCCUCAAGGUCAUCUUUGUGCUGAUCUGCUUCUUGGUCAUGUCCUCAUCCUAUCUGGCAUUCCGCAUCUCCCGGCUGGAACAGCAGUUAUGCUCCCUGAAUUGGGACGGCCCGGUCCCUGGGCACAGGUAACGGCCACCCCGGCUUCUCCAAGAAGAACGCUCUGGGUGUUAAGGUUCCACCAGUGACUCCUAUGGUUGAUGCUGCUGUGCUGAGACUGAGUAGGAAGGAGAAUACUCCAGAUCCUUCCUCCUCCCCCAGCUCUUAGCCCUCCUGUUGACCAAGCUCCUACAAUCUGGGGACUCAGACACAAAGCCAGAUUCUUGGAACCGGCCGAGAAAUUCUGUAUACUAAGCUUCAGCAAGCACUUGGAAAAAGAAAAUGAACUUGUUCCUCGGAAACAGUCUGGCACAGAGGCAAGAGCACUAGGAGACACCCAGGGGACAAAAGGCCAAAUUUUGGUACCUGGAAUGCAGCUGUGCCCGGUCAUGCGGCUCACUGCAGGAGUGGGACAGAGGCCCAAACCCAAACCACCAGCGGGGCUCUGCUCUCUCCCAACAUACCAUGCUCUCGCUUCCGCCCCUGAGGCGAAGGGCAGCCUGGGAAAGUGAGGGGGAAGCUAUGAAGGAGAAGAGGAGGGUGUGUAGUUAGGAUUCCAGCCAGAGGGGAAUAUUCACGCCCUGUGCUGAGGCUCUGUUCUGGGCCCUCAUGAGGAGGAUUGGCUGAAUCCGGAGGACAGUAUUUGCAGCAGAGGAUGGUGGCAGGGGCUGUGAAGGAGGGCAGAGGUCCAGCAUUCUGGGUCCUUCGCUGCCACUUCCUAGUGAGACAGGUGGAACAGGCCUUGAUCACUGUGGUCACAGACCUGGUACUUCGUCUUCCCUUGUGUGUUCCAACAGUCUGAGGUGUCCCAGGUGGGAAGUAGACGAUGGGGAGUGACCCCCACUGGGUAUGAGGGGAGGAGAAGGUCAGGGACUUUGAUUUGAGCUUUGUACUCCCUGCCUGACUGCCUGAGGGGCCAUGACCAACAGCAGCCUGUCGGGGAAGCGUGGCUGGGCACCUGGGCACGAUGGUGUCGGGCUGUCACAGAGCUCCCUCAUGUCACCUGUAAUCAGUGAGUUGCAGGCUAUGGGGGAAGGUCCUGCCCUCCCUGAAUAGGUGGGGGUGUCCAAGGUGGGUCUGGUACAGUGCAGGGACCAGGUCAAGGGGUUCUCUCUGAUACCUCUGGGGACAAGAGAGGUAGGGGAUGGGAAGAGUGGACACAGUGGUAGCUUUGCCUUAGAGAGUCCUCCAUCUCUGCCAAGGCCUCCUCUGUUCUAAACAGCUCUGCUGUGCCUCAGAACUCUGCCUUCUCUCCCUGGGACUCCAAUAUGCUAAAACAGUGCCUUUAGGGGUUCCAGAAGGGCCUUAAUGAGGAGGUCAGAAGUAUCAGGCAAAGUCGCUGGUGUUGGGGUGAGUGUGUCAGAAACAGCCACUGCUUUUCCUUCUUCAAACACCUGAGAGGUUAAUCAGGGAGAAAUUCCCAAGGGGAAUUUAGUUAUCGUGGAACUGUGACUAUCUUGCUUACGAUAAACCCAAAUGAGGAUGUGAGGGACGGUGUCUGUAGGGGACAGGUCCCUAAGUGCAGACUAGUGGUCUCUCUAUCCUCCCGCCGCUGCGGGUUCUAGGAUUAAGCUUAGAGCCUGCCUGGGGGGGUGGUUUGUAGCACAGCUGUAGGUGGCAGGUCAACUCACAUUCCUUUCUCCCCACAGCACCACUCUGGAGAAAAACCCACCCUUUUAUUGGAACGAGCCCCGUUUAUCACUUUAUAUCAUGUUUUCAGGGAAAUAACCCUACUUGCCCCAGUGUCUCCCCGCCUUGGUCCUUGCCGGAGGGCGGGGAGAAUCGGUCCAUUCUCUGAGCCCUGCUAGCUUGAGCCCCAGGCUCACGAGAGGCCACCAGAGGUGCCACGUCGUGGGCAGCUGUGCGCGCAUGCUGGUGAGUCUGGUCUCUGGCCACGCCCCAGGCUCAGAAAGGGCAAGAGCCAUGCUGCAGGGUAGGCGGCUCUGGAGGUCCUCUUGGGUCCAGGGGUUUCAGUGGUAGGAGUGUGCCUGUCGCUCUGGAGGGCCCUCUGUCCGUUUCUCCCUUUUCUUCCUCAGCCUGGUCCUCUGGGGCCAGUGUCCUUUCUCCCAUGCGCGUUUGUAAACUAUACAGACCUGCUUGUGGAGGCUGACAUUCCUCUGAUUCCCCGAGAGAUUGGUUCAACUAUCCUUGGGUUGUUCCAGCAUGGCAUUAGCCAUUGAAAAUAUUUUCAAAUACAAACAUUUGAUUUUUCUAGUG